AUGCGUUGCCAAAACCUUUACGCCGUCAUCACUGCCACUCUGGCAUUUGCCCCAACUGUAUUCGCUGUGCACGGAUACUCUGGCACUUCACCAGGCUGGGAUUGCAAAUACUCAGUGUUUGAGAAUAAGGAGUACGAUCCCAGCCAGGGAGACAUCACCGAAGGCAAUUAUGAAUAUAUUGCAGGUGGCUCCAUUAAGAAGAAUGAGGCGAGAUCGUUCAAAGGAAAGAGGAAAUUCAACACAAGAAAUGGAACGCCAAAGACCCGGCAGUAA